CACAACUAGUAAAAAGAAACUAGAAUUUCUAAACAAAUAUGCCAACUAAUGAGUGGAAGCUGCCAUUUAAGAGUGUUGUCUCAAAAUUGUUGUUCUAGGUUGAGGGUUAGCAACCUAGGAUUCUUUCAGAAUCCUGCCUAGAGCAGGCCAGAGAACUUGGAGCAACUCCUCAGGAUUAAAUUGAUAGAAUGAGUGAUGUGUCCAGGCAUUUCAAGAGGACAUUUAAAGGACACACAGAGCCCCUGAGGAUGACUUGGAUUGGGUUUGUAGGAAAUGGAAUAAGUAGGUCGGAAUUAAGUUCAGAAAUAGACCCCUCACCGUUUGCUGAAUAGAAUGUAAUAUGAAGAAUUGCUAGCUGAAACUCAGGACUGACAAGGCUACAGGGAAGCAGCAAGUAUCACAGAAGUAAGAACUGCAGCAAGUAGCCACCACCUUUAGGCCAAGAGAACUAAGAGAAGAUGCAGAAAAAAUGCAAACAGAAGCAGGCAGGAGGUACCAUCAGGUGGGGACCCAGACCUAUUAGGGGCUCUGCCAGCCGAUGCUGUUUUGAAGAACUCCGAGGGAGUGACCCCCAGGCAGGGACCCCGACAUUUAGAGUGGGAGCAACACACGCUGAUGCUGGCCUCUCUGAAAUGGAAUGUAAUGAGCCUGAAUCGGCAAGUGUUGGGAAAUGCAAACUGCAUUUUGCUGCUGCUCUUGGAACAAACUACUGCUGACGGGAUGAAGAAAGGGGUUGAGAUGAGGCUUCGCAGAAGAGGCGCCUUCUUCCUCUUAGAGCCUCCUAGGGUGUAUCUGUGCUUGCGUGUGUCUCUGUGUAUGUGUCUUCCUGUCAUGUCCCUUCUUUCUCACUAGAUACCCUUAGUUGCACCUAGUAGGCCAGCAGCUGACAAAGUAGACAUGUACUCUGGAGUUCCAGCCAUAAAGUAGCCAUACACUGAAGGAGGAAUUGGAACAAAGAAAAAAAAAUAACUGACACCCCAAAAAAUACAAGAUCAUCAUUUUAAUUCCAGGGGAAACAGUGUCGUCAGGAAAGGCCAAGUGAUUUGAGUCUGUGCCCAAGGUCAGCAAAGAAUAGUGUUUAUAUUAUAGUACAAACAGUCGAGAUUUACUGCAGGAAACGUCUUUUAUUUUUAUAAAUAAACCCAGAUUAAGUGAAGGUACCACAGAUUCCAGGUGGUGUGGUGCUGCCAGAAUGAGCAUGAGCUCGACUCACAUAAACACGCGUGCAUAACUUCAUGCAAACACACAAAGUGAGAUCCGCUCACAGACACAGACAGCAGGCGCCUAAUACCAGCCCCUCCUUGGCUGGAGUCGUGGAGGAUGUCCAGUCCGGCCAGGCUCUGGGAACAGAUUACGACGUGUGCGCCGAGGCCCCCUGCGAGCAGCAGUGCACGGAUAACUUCGGCCGCGUGCUGUGCACCUGCUACCCCGGAUACCGCUAUGACCGGGAGAGGCACCGGAGGCGGGAGAAGCCCUACUGCCUGGAUAUUGACGAGUGCGCCACCAGCAAUGAGACCUUGUGUGCACACAUCUGCAUCAACACCGUGGGCAGCUACCGCUGUGAGUGCCGGGAAGGCUACAUCCAGGAGGACGACGGAAAGACAUGCACCCGGGGAGACAAAUACCCCAACGACACCGGGCACGAUGAGAAGUCUGAGAACGCGGUGAGAGCCGGGACCUGCUGUGCCACAUGCAAGGAGUUCCACCAGAUGAAGCAGACGGUGCUGCAGCUGAAGCAGAAGAUCGCCCUGCUCCCCAACAGUGCUGCAGACCUGGGCAAGUAUAUCACCGGCGACAAGGUGCUGGCCUCCAAUGCCUACCUGCCCGGACCCCCUGGCCUGCCUGGGGGCCAGGGUCCACCUGGCUCACCAGGACCAAAGGGGAGCCCCGGCUUCCCGGGUAUGCCGGGCCCUCCCGGGCAGCCUGGCCCGCGGGGCUCCAUGGGGCCCAUGGGGCCAUCGCCUGACCUGUCCCACAUUAAGCAAGGCCGGCGGGGCCCUGUGGGCCCGCCAGGCGCACCCGGCAAAGAUGGUUCUAAGGGGGAGAGAGGAGCGCCUGGGCCCAGAGGGUCUCCAGGGCCCCCCGGUUCCUUCGACUUCCUGCUGCUGAUGCUGGCUGACAUCCGCAACGACAUCGCAGACCUGCAGGAGAAGGUGUUCGGGCACCGGACGCACUCUGUGGUGGAGGAGUUCCCGCUACCUCAGGAGUUCUCCAGCUACCCCGAGACUCUGGACUUCGCCUCUGGAGAUGACUCCCCGAAAAGGACUGACACGCGAGACUUGGGCCGCCCUGGAGACUUUUAUCCUUAGCACACCCCAGCAUCUCCGUGCCAGACGAAGAGCGAGCUCACCUGCAGUUACACCAGUGAAGGGGUGGGGAAGGAACACCACUGUAGAAAAGAUACAUUUUUGUUAUCUUUACUCAUUCCCUGCUUUCUCCCUACCUCCUUCUUCCAAAUACUAUAUUUCGAGUCCCCUGCUAGACCAGCCAGGGCCCAGGUUGGAGGUGAGAGAGCAGGUUGGCGAGGACUCCAUUGGGGCUUGUCUUUUUAUUUUUUCAGGAACUUCUGGAUGUCUGAGGGAAGUGCUCUCUCAAUGUCUUAAAAUUUGGCAGAAUAUCAAAAAGAGAAAAUGGCAAGAUGUGCGCUAAGAAAAUGAGUUUGCUUAUAGAAAACAACAAUAACACACAUCCCCAAAAUGGAAUGCGAGGAAGUAUGUUGACCUUGGUGGAUAGCUCUUUUUUCCUUGGCAGUCUAAUAGGUUUUAAAUAGUCUAUCCUCUUAUGCAAUCUUGUUUCCUAGUUUUAAUUAAAGAAAGGAGAGGAAUGGAUAUUAGAGAAAAUGGAGGAAAAUGAUGGUCCCAUAUUUACUGACAUCUAGGUCGCCACACUUAAAAACUCAAAUCUGACUGUUAAAGGACCCUGCCACGCUUGCCUCGGAGUGUCCGGUCUGGAGAAGAAGGUGACUCUGGCUAUUAUAGUAAUAAACCCUGUUUUCAAGAAGUGGGUGGGUGAAGUGCCCUGAUUCGCUUUAGAGCAGUGGGCUGCUGGUUGGCCUGUUGGUUUAGAGAGUGGGUUUGCGCAGUAAGUCGCAGAGUACAUGUUCAGUAAAGGCACUGACCAUUGGGCAGAGGCGCAGAAUCCCCUGGCUCUGAGCAGGUGCCCCAGAAGUACUGUUGGGCCAGGUUCUAGGCUGAAGCGAGGCACAGUGGGGCCCAUGCCUGGAAGGGGGUUGCUGGCUUGGACUGUUGGCAAGGGUGGAAGAUGAACCUUGGGCAGGGGUCCCACGCAUGCCUUAGCAGCAAGUAAACUUGCUGUGCUUGGGGAUUAGAAGUCCUUGUCUGGGCCAGAGUUGCUGGGAACAGAGAACAGUACACAUUGCAAGUUCUCUUGGGUGGGAAGGAAAAAACAGAAGUUUUUCUUGUUUGGCAGAAAUUUCUUUCCUACGAUUCCCAUUUUUCCUUGAUUUGCUUAAGGUAGUCCAAUUCCAGUUCCUUCAGGCCUUCCCCUUGAUUUCCCUUCCUCAGCAAAUGGGAGCAGCAGUUCUGAGAGGGGUCAUAUUUCCAAACCUGCCCCGAGGUCCGACUUAUUUUUCAAGAAGGCAGUGUUUUAUUCUGCAUUUGUGUCUUUGAUUCUGAUCCAGUGUAGAAAGAAAGGCAAACUGUCAUGGGCUGGCUGAGAGCAGUGUCAGAGAACUUGACAAGUUUAAGAACUACAUGGAAAUUAUGAGCCAGUCACCACAGAGUGCCCUCAAGCCUAGUUUCCUAAACUCGAAGGACUCAAUCACCUUCAAAGAAGGACUCAAUCACCUUCAAAGAGGGACUCAAUCACCUUCAAAGAAAACUCCAAACUCAGCCCUGUAUCUCCAGAGUGCUCCUCGCUCUUCUAUCCACCCUCUGGGUGCCAGAGGGAGCAUCUUCCCAAAAGGAUCUUCUCUGGAUCCACAGAAGCAGGGGCCCCAGAGACCAGCAGAAGCAUCUGCCCCUUUGAAGACAGUGGGGAGCCCUUGGUCUGCAUGGCAGUGUGCAGGGGCCUUCACUUACCCGCUAGGAGGCCUUGCUUGCUGUGUUGAGCCUCACAAAUGACCGUCCUCACAGCUCAUGUUCGUGUAUGUUGGGGUUCCCCUCCCCCAGCCUUCAGUUUCCCCCUGUAUUUCUGGGAGAUUUCUUUUUCCUUUCCCAUCUCCUUUUAGUCUGUGCCAUUUAGCUCUCCUCCCGGGACAGCUUGUUUGAAGAACACCGCGGUGGGGAUGUGGAGGCUGGGAUCCGCGCUUUCUUUUCCUUUUUUUUUUUUAAGACCUGACUCUGGAGGCUGAUCUCAAGUGAAGACAGCCUUCCUUCCCUGGUUCCCAUCACCUUAGACAUGCAGGACUUCUGUCUGUCAACUGCGGCUGAGCUUUUCACAAACAUUCUUAUUCAUGCGAAAUCCCCAGGAACUGUCCAUCAAACACCAUCAAAGUAUAAAGGCUGGACACAAACACCUUCUCAGUGUUCCUUUGCUAGCAUCUUCCAUGUCUUCAGAACCUGAUCUUCACAGCAGAGUGCCUUCCCAACCAGGGUUCACAAGGAGACCGACGCUGCAGCCGCUGGUUCCCAUCUGGAACACUCGACGUGCAGAACAGCAUUGAAAGGGUAUAGAGGGGUGAACUCUACAGGAAAUGAGGCGCGGGCUCUAUGAGAAAUGAUCGGGACCCUCUUUGAUUUUUUUAUAAAGGAGAAACUUUAUUACCUUUUCGUAACGGUGAAUUAUGUUUAGAAACGUAAUCAUCUGUAGUGUCAAAUGCCCAUCAAAUGCAAGCAAGCAGUAGGCUUGGCCAUAGACUGGGAUCUUAUAUUAUGAGUGCACUGAAGAUCACCGCAGCUGGGAUUCCUGAGACUCUUCUAGACUAUAUUCCCCAGCAAAAUGCACAAUAGCCUGUAUUGUAUAAUCUCAAUUUGCUGGAUCAGAGCAACGUGUAAAAUAAUUAUUCAUCCUUGAUUUUCAAAGCUUGAACAACUGCUACGGCACCAGGUGUGAUCUCUAUGUGUCCAAAUUAUAUUUUUCAUAGAGAAGUCAUACUGAGGCACUGUUGCUUCUAAUCUAUCUUUUGUUGUGGCUAAACAACAAAACUCCACUGCCGAGACAGGAUUUCUCAAAACUAAAUGGAAGAGCCAUUGUGGGGGAGGGAAUUUUGCUACAGUUAUAUUAAGCUAUUUCUCAUUUCAUGGAAAAAUCUUUGUAUAGCUCCUCAACCUUCCCACAGAAAUGUUGACUUCAAUUUUUUGCCCCCUGGUACACUAAGACUUAGAAUCAGAUUUAAUAGCUUGCUUUAAAGAAUAGGAAAAUCCUAAGGGAUCUUGCCAGAGAAAGAAAUGAUAAGCCUUAUUAUGGCAAAGGAAGUGGAGGGUACAACGGAGAACCUUCCUUCCCAAGCCUCCUGUGUUCAUUCGAACACCUGCCAGAGAAUGACUUGACCUGCUGUAUAAACUCAGGCAGGUGUGUCCAUAGCCAAGUGGUGUAUAAGCUCACGGUGAUGUGGGGUGGAAUACCCCCCAAAUACCAGGCAAAGGACCUCCUUUCCAGAGUUCGUGACUACUCUGCCUGAGGGCCCAGCCCUCAUUUGAGAGCAAAUCCCUCUCAUACUUUAGACGCUGUUCCCACCUCUCCCCACCCACCUCUGCCCCCACCCACAGCCUGUGGCAGAGAGACAGCAGCCUCCUUGUGCAGAAACUUAACACCUUUCAGAUAACCCUCCUGAAAAGGAAAUUUACUUGCAGGAAUCUAGGCCAAACGACUAGUAGAAUAAAGCCAUCUAAAGUUAUUAAUAAUGAGUUCAGGGAAAUAGAUGACAUUUUUCCUGGCACUGUCAGCCUGUCGGUUUCACAACAAAUCAAAAAAUAAUUUUCCAUUUGAAAACAAAAAACAAAAAACCAUGACCGUAAUUGUGAAAGCAUAAAAUCUUGGACUCUAUGUACUUCUUCAGCAAAUGUUACUGCUUUAGGGAAAUCAUUGAAAAAGAUCCUUUUACCCCUACCCCAGGGACCCCAGCAUUCUUUAUUAGCUCCCCAAAGCAAGCGCCCUGAGCAAGUUCACGGGAGCCCUGACCUAUUUCCCAGUGUGUAGGCAUGUGCUCCGGUAGCUGUUGUUGGUUAUUUAUAACAGGUCCAUGCAGCCGUGAGCUGGCAUUCCAGCAGCUGUGGAUGUGAAACUGUGGAGUGUGCUGGUAAGAUGAUACAUGCUUAAUAACAAAGUUAUUUUUCUUAUGUGAUUGUGCUGUGUUUUGUCCUUCCUGGCAGUCCUGUGGAAUGAGUGGUCUUUUUGCAAGAUAAACACAGGGGAGUUGCUCUCCAGCGCUGGGCCCUGCUGGAGCUCUCCCCCAGGUCUAAGUAUGGUCCAGAUUUUGGAAUCUGAAGACCUAGACCUUGAAUCUGACCUCAAAGGCCCCAAUCCCCAGCUGGGGGAUCCUCUGGGACUCCCAGGGUGGGGUUUUCAAACCAGAGACUCUGGGGCUCAUUGGAGAAACCUUAUGUUGUGGUGGGGGGCCGGGGGUCUGAGAGUUUUAGCUGCCCCUGGCUACAUGGGAACAACUAAGUUUUCUCUUGGUUUUAGAUUACAAUUAAAUUCACAUGAAGUUUCUUCAAGCAGGGAAGAAAGUUGACUGCCUAAAAUAAAAAUAACAAAGGUUAAAAUAAAUAGACUGGGAAGGCUAGAGCCCGAUGAGCUGGUAACAGGUCCUGUGUGUGGAGCGAAGAGAAAGGGGAUUUUCAUCAGUUGGGCCAUAUGGAGGGUGAGCAAGCUAUAAACAAAGGAAAACAGUGACUUCUAAGAGAUGCUUAGCAUCCCUCCCACAUCCUGAAGUUAACCUGCAGUUAUUCAUCUCCCUUGCGCUGAGCAGUCAUUUAUGAAAUGCUUGCUUUAAGCUGCACACUCCGCCUUGCACGGCAGACACAAUGGGGAGCGAGAAGUCAUAAUUCCUGUCCUGGAGAUUCUUGGCAACACAGACAAGGAUCCUAACAAGCCAAAUAAAUUAAUCACACAAAUAUGCAAUUACAAACUGCGAUAAGUGUUAGGAAGGAAAAAUGCUACAAGAGCCAGUAGCAGCUCGAGCCAGCAGGAGCCACCAUUUGCGCCGCUGUGUUCCCUCCCCAAGUGUGUCUCUGUCUCUCCCUCUCUGUCUCUGUCUCUCUUCCCACUGUCGCCUUCCCCCAGGCGCCACACACACGAACACAUGACCUCCAGCCCUCGCGCACUAAACUUCCAUGAAUUCUCUGGGUGAAACAGCAGGGGUGGGAAUCUCGGAGACCACGUCAUACAUUAUUUUUCCAGCCUUCUCAAUGUAAAAAGCAGCCCACAGGACCCAGUGCUGGGGGACAGCCCGCGCUGCCCCCGAUGUCCCAUUUGAAUGGCUGUUGGGUCACCUGCUUUUUCCCAACCAAGCACUGAAGCUUUGCAAACUCUUGUGCUCUUGACUCCCCUCACCCCUGACUCAUGUCAAGGGAUCGGUGACGGGAGGCCGAGCCGCAACCUGCACACAGCCCUCAAGGAAAAGGCAAUUCAGGCAGCAGUUCAGGACCCAGUUCUGGGGAGCCGUUGAAGAUGUCAGGAAGAGGCUUUGUUUCCUGGGCUGGCAUGGGAAUCGCCACACUGGGAGGCUUAAACAGCAGCGAUUUGUUUUCUCUCAGUCCUGGAGGGGGAAGUCGGAGAGGUGUCAGGUGCCAGUGUCUCUGGAGGCUCGGUGAGCAACCACCCAGGUCUCUCUCCCAUUCUGGUGGUUUCCAGUGACGUUACGUGCUUUCAGCCUCACCUGCCAUUCUACCUGUGUUCUCUGUUUCUCUAUGUCUUUACCCGGGGAUCUCCUUCAUGGGUAUUCUGUCUCUGUUUCCUCUGCUUGUAAAGACACUGCUCACUGGGUGAGGGCCACCAGUAAUCCAGUAUGACCUCAGCAAUUUUACUGGUAAAGACACCAUUUCCAAAUAAGGUCACAUUCUGAGGUUCCAGGUAAAUGUGAAUUUGGGUAAGAUACUUUUCAAUUCAGCACAGGGAGGAUAUUUUCUCCCUAUCCAUUAAUUUGUCCUAGUCUGUUUGUUUCCUUUCAUAGUAUGUUUUCCAAUCUGAAAUUCUUGCUCACUUUAAUCAAUAAAAGCUUAUUGAGGGCCAAGGAUGGAGUACUGAAGAGUGUAAAAUCCCUAUUCUAAUGAAGUAUGCCUUCUAGUUUGGGAAAAUAGACAUAUAUUAGGAGGUUUCUCCAGAACAACAAAUAGGAUGUAUAUAUGUAUAGAUAAAUAUAAAGAUAUAGGUGUUUAUAUAUUUGUAUAUACAGAAAAUUUAUGUAAAGGAGUUGUCGUGAUUGUAGAGGUUGGCAAGUUCAAAAUAUGUGGGUAGGUAAACAGACUAAGAAUUGAUGUUGCGAUCUGAGCUCACUGUCAGUCUGCUGGCAGAAUCCCUCCUUUAGAAUACAUCAUUGUUUUUUAUUAAGAACAUCAACUGAUUGGAUAAAACUACACACAUGAAGGGCAAUCUGCUUUACAAGAAGUCUAUAGAUUUAAAUGUUAAUUGAAGCUAAAAAACACCUUCACAGAAACAUCUAGAAUAAUGUUUGACCAAAUAUCCAGGUAUUGUGACCUAGGCAAGUUGACACAUAAAAUUAACCAUCAUUUUAUAUAUAUAUAUCGGUGUUAAAGAGAGCUAUGGGGAAAAAAAUUAGGGUAAAGGAAUAGAGGUUAGAGGAGGGUAUGAAUAUUUUAUGUAGAAUCUUCUGGAAAGGACUCACCAACAAAGGCACCUGAAUGAGGUCAUGUGGAGUUUGCUACUUUUUUUAUAAAGUGUAGUUUCCCUGGAAAAUGGUACAUCCUAAGAUAAUAUCAAAUAAAACUUGUAUUAAUACAAUAGCCUAUAGGAAUUAAGCUGAUGGCCAGCUUUUCCCUGGCGGGAAGAUGGGCACACAGCAAAUGGGCUUUGCCCACGACCCCUCCCACAUGGGCCUGGCCUGACAUAGUUUGCUAAUAAUUUGGAAACUGGGAGCACAGAAAUGAAGUCCCCGCCGGGCUACAACUCUGCAGAGCUUGGAUCACUGCCUGCUCUGCACGAUGGGGUGUCUUCCCCAGCAUCCCCUGGCCAUUUGGGGACUCCUGAUUCUCACCCACUGCUGGCAAGAGGGUCACUGGCAUUUUGAAUUCUUACUUCUCCUCUAGCCUAUUUUUUUCAAGAUCUUUUAUCCUUGUCAGCCUGUGACCACACUGGCGUGGAUGCUGGGUGGGGAAAUGAUUAAAGCGGAAGGAACGCUGUAUCGUGUUUUGCUUUACAAGUAGUUGUUAUGAUAUAUGUGGAUACAACUGUGUCCAAAGCCAAGUUUGGUUGCUUUUGGUGGUUUUAACUGCCACCCAUGGGCGUUCUUGGCUCCCUCUGCCUUGCCUGUCUGCCCAACACGGUAAUUGUGCUGGAUCUGCCCCAGGAAGCCCGGAAUUGGCUGUCAAGCCUUUUACCCCCAGCGGUCUGGAAGAGCAUGGCAUCUUGUCACACCGCCCUCCUGCCAUGUGACCGGGAGACCGUGUCAUGUGGAACACUCCUCCAUGCUCCGAUGGGGUCGUUCAUUUACAGUGCAGGAAAAGACGCAGCCAAAUCCAGCCGAGCAUGUAUGUGACUGGAGAGAGGCUUUGUGGGCCGUUUGCCUUCUGAAAACAAUCUGGAAAAGAAAAAGGUGCUACAAAUUGAAUUAGGCUCAGAUUAUUCAGAAAGGAAAUAGCAGCUGAAAAACAUUAAAAAAGAGGUUCCUUCUAAACAGCCUUCCGAGGACAGCAGCCAGUGUGCCUGCCUUCCAGCGCUUAUGCUGUGGCCUUGUUGGCUAUUGAGCUCAAGCCACCUGCCAGACAGACACCCGUUUAAUAGAAAAACUCGUGCAAGGAGGGACAAAAGCCUCUGGAGUGAUAGGGUCUGAUUUGGGUGUUUCAAAUAAAUGAAGUGAGCCCCAGGGAACUGGCUCUUCCAGCCACACAGGCCUCAUUCUACCAACAAUCAAAUCUAUGAUCGGUACCUGCACCUUCCUCUGCUGGCUCCACUGGUUCCUGGCCUUGAUGUUCCGUGGUCCCUGGUCAGAUGGGACUAGAGGGCUGUGGUGACCCCCCCCCCACACACACACCCAUUUUACAGAGUGGUACACCAACACCUCAUGGCCGUCCUUCCUCAGGCAAUUCAGUUUCUCGCUUGUGUUUUACUUUAUUCCAAAAGCCCCCGCUGCACACCAGGGAAUCUGGUUACUGUUCUCAGGGGCGAGUUGUCCCAGAGUUUAUUGGUGCCAAAGUGGAGGUGGUGAGGAUCUCAACUGCACAGAAAAGCCUCCUCUGAGGAGUAAACCACCCUCUGUGGGAAUGGGCACUUGGUGACAGACAACCUGAAAUCCCAGCCCCCCGAGUCUGCCUCAAGUCCUCAUCACAGAUGUCCCUUCUUGCAAACAUUCACAGUCACAGUUUUCAGUGGCCAGAGCCGUUUAUCAUUUACCAGCCGGUACUUGGAGAUGUUACAUGCUCGACUCCAAGCCAUGUUAAGGGACUUUGGAAGAUGGAAUGAGGAAAACCCAGAAUUAAUCUCAGAGCUGAACUCAGGCUGGUUCCCAGAGUAGGAGGGUGGAAUCAUAAGAGAAAUCGAGACAACCCAUGAGCUGUGUCCUCUCAACCGCAUCUUCUCUUCCAGGACCAUGAAUGCCUUCUCCACUCACCCUCAUCAUGAAUUUGGGGGGCUCCUGUGUUACUUAUAUUACUAACAAGAUGGCCCCAUGUCAUACUAGGGGAACAUAACGGAAGGGGUUCAGGCUUAUUUGGAACAAUCUGGACCAGGCUGGGCCAGGGGCUACUCUUAUUGGCUUUAGGGACCAGUCCUUGCUUUCCCCAAAUGGAGUGUGGCAGCCUUAUAGGAAGGUAUUUGUCCCAAUCUCUCACCCAUUCUUAGCCAUACAUUUUUUGAGGACAAAAAUUAGCCAUGUUCAUAGCUGCUAGAGAAGUACUUGGUGCACAGUAAAACCUCAGAAAAUGUUGAUAGAAAACAAUCAUUAGCUCAGGAUACAGCCCCCAUCCGUUCAAUUAUUCAACAAAUAUGUGUUGGCUGUCCCCUAGGGGACUUACGAUGUGUGAGCACUGGAAAUAGAACAACCCAGCUCUGACGGAUCUCUAUAGGAUUAUGGGAUUAUAGUCUAGUGAAGGAAGUCUCAGGCCAGCGGCCAUAAGUACUGAAGCCUUGCCCAUUUUUUUCCCCUGGACCCUCAGAACCGGCCCCUGGUCCUUUCCAAACAGGCAGGACCAGCCCUAGCCUCAGCUCCCACUGGAGUCAGCAGUCUUAAGUUCAAGGUAAAAGUGUUUUAAGUGAACGGACCUGGUCCUAUAUCCCAAAGGUAACCAGAAAGUUAUUCAGUUAUGAUUUCAUGAGCCCCAACCAAAAAAGAUGAUUCCGCAGAAGUUGAAAAGCACUGUCUCUCCCCAGCGGGUGUAGACCUCCCUCUCGACCAGCUACAGCAAAGAUGCGUUUUCUUUCUUUCUUUUCUUUUUUUUUUUUUUUUGAUUUAGGAGGAGGGUCUCUGCACAGCCAGAUUUUUUUUUUUUAGAUUUAUUUAUUUAUAUAAGCACCAGGUACAGUCAGAAGCACGGGAGGGCAAGAGAAUUCACCACAGCCAGAGCGGGGAACAGAACAGAACAGUGACGAAGUACACUGCUGAGGGGAGCAGCGGGCGCAGCCCUAGAGGUCUGUCGCCCCAUGUGGGAUCCUCACCGGCGGCUGGGGAUCGAACCGGCGCUACAGAGGCUGCGGGCAGCUUCGCAGCCCAGAGCUCAACCGCUACUCCACCAGGGGAGGCCCAGAGAUACGUUUUCACGAGCAUUUUCAAGUCCACUUUAUGGCUCGGAUUUGGCGUCAGUUGUUUUUGUGAGGGAACCACCUGUUUAUAAAUCUUAAGUCGUGGGUCUAAACGCUCGACGCCUGGGGAGAUGCGGGGUCCUCCUGCUGAACUCUCUUCUUAGGGUUCAGAAGACAGACGUGGCUGCCACUGCCAUUUGGUGUCUCAGCGAACGUCGCCCUAGAAAUGCAUGUGGGAAAAUCCAUAUAUAGGCAAGGAUUCCUUCCAAUGCAUGGAUGUGUACCCUAAGUUAGAGCACACAGCCAGCAUCCACGGCGUGGGGGGG